GUCAAUGUGGAUAUUUUUAAAGAUUAAAAGGCAAUAACUCUAAAGUUACUAAAGAAAUACUGACACAAUUGAGUGUGCACUACCAAAUUAUGGUGACCUUAAUUCAGUUAAAGUUCCAUAGUUCUAGGUCAAAUAUGUCUCAAGUUAUGAAGCAGAAAUUACCAUGUUUAUAGUACCCAAUAUAGUUAACUCUAGAAACUUCUAAGGGCCAUAACGCUUGUGUUAUAAUCUGACUGAAACUUGACAGACCGUAUUUCCCUAUUGUUAUAAACAGGUAUAGGAAGUUUUAUUAAAAUAUUCAAAACCACUUCCUAGAUAUAGCUCCGGACGAACGGAUGGACAGAAAGACGACAGAUGACGCAAAAACUAUAUCUCUCCGCCUUCGGCUGGAAAUAAAAAGGUCGGAUAAUUCUAUAUUUGGCAGUGCUUGUCAAUGAUAAUAUACAACGCAAGAUCUGCAUCCAAUAUAAUGGAAUACUUGUUACGAUCACUUCUUUCAAUCCAAGCACUUUUCUCAAUUACUUUGGAAAAUCGGAUGUAUGCUUAGUGCUUUUUCCGACAAAGUACAAUAUUGAUACUCUAAGAAUAGAAUCUGUUGAUUUCUGAAACAUGUUUGUAAAAAAAGUGGAAACCUAUGUGUCGGUCAGUACGAUCAAAAUGAAAAUGUUGCAGGCUGGGUUUGAUUUAGCCUGCUCAUGGACAGUAGCGGAAAUGCAUACUACCGUCCAAGACCUCUAGCCAAAUCAAUAUUUGCUCAUUGUACAAGUACCAACAUGCAAUGUAACAUACGCAUAUUAGUUCAUACGGCGGUGAACUAAAACCUUUCAAUGAAACACUAAAAUGCAGUUGUAUGGCCCCUAAUUAAAUCAUUGGUCCAGAAAUAGGCUAAAUAGCUCUAAACGAGAAUACAACAAACUAGAAUUUAGCAAGGGGAUCCUUGGUUAUGGAGCGUUUUUAUAGAACCAGUUCAAAUGCAACAUUGAAAUGUAGGCACCAUAUCCAAAGAUUUAUGAAAGAUGGCAAGCAAUGGAGCAUAUACACCUGAUACACAAUACUACUGUCGGUAUUUUAGGCUCUUACUUGAGACUGGACCGAAAACAUUACGCAAGUUUCUUAUGCAAGAAGCUUCAAAAUCACACCAAACAAUUCAACAGUUUCUUGCAACACACCAGAAUCAAAUAAUGGUACUAUGUCAAAGAAAUAUUAUAAACAAAGAUCAGUACUUAUUGAUAUUUCCGAAACAACCAAACCAGUUUGAUUUAGAGAGAUGGGACUUGUCUUUGCUUAUUAUAAUAAUAGAUAACUGUUGCGGUACAAAGAACUUGUCAAGAAAAGACAUCAAGUUACUUCGCACAGAGAGAAACAACGUUUGUCAUCCACACAAAACUAGUAUUUCUGUAAAUGACUUUCAGAUGAAAUGGGCUGCAAUUAAAACAGUUCUUGGCAAAAUACUUAUUACUUGUAAUGACCCUGCUUUUGAGAAAAAAACAUUGGAUGAAAUCAAUCAAAUUGAGACAGAUCAUCUUGAUCUUGGCCGCACUAUUGAAAUGUUCCAUGAACAUUCAAAGUAUACGUCAGAGGUUCAACAUCUUAUUGAACAGCUGAAAACUGUGAAAAGUGAUAUUGAAGAAAUUCAACUAAAUCAAAGAAUUUCUCGCGCAGAAAGAAUGGAAGAAAGAAAGAAAAGUGUUGAAUGUUUUGAAAAAUGUAUUGGGUAUCUGCGGCAUUCAGACAAUUUGAGAAAAGAUCCAGAACAUGACCAAAAAGAGCAUCAGGAACGGCAUAUAGAAGUUCUGUAUGAGCAAACAAAGGUAUUGUUGAGCAAGGAAGAACUCUUUGUAGAAACACACCAGUUUCAAAAAGCUAGGGAAAUGUUACAUGACAAAGGAUGCGUAAUUAUUUGCGGGUCUCCAGGAGAAGGGAAAACGGUGGCAGCCUACGAAUUAAUGCGAGAGUACAGUCAACGAAAUGGGAACAGAUGUAUUGAAAUUUCAGAACCUUCUGAGGUGCAUGACAUUGGGCCGAAUACACUCACUGUCGUUUUCAUCGACAAUAUGUUUGGGUAUUUCAGCAUGGACGAAAAGAAGUUUAAAUCAUGGCUUCCUGUUCUUGAGAAAUUGCAAAAUUUAGUUGAAGUGCAGGCAUUCAAACUGAUAAUCGCCAUGGACACGUUGGUACUAAAUGAGUGCCAUAAAGAAAUAUCAGGGUAUUCUUUAUUUGAAAAUCAAGUAUGCCUUUCGUCUGAACAGCUCAAUUUUCUUGAGAAAAAGAAAAUUCUUUCUGCUGUUUUGCAAAUGUCAAGCAAAGAUAAAGAUAAGCCCACGUUAGAUAUUCAAACGUGUGUACAAUCAUGUAACUCCGAUAUGAGUUUUCCAUUUCUAUGUAAAAAGUUUGUAUCUAAUAACAAUUAUUUCAAGGAAAGAGAAUCGUUUUUCAGGCGCAAAAUGCUGCCUCAUUACAAUAUCUUAGAUCAUUUAAGUAAUGAAAAGAGAAAAACACUUCUCUAUAUAUGGAUGCAAGGCGGUAAAUGUUCUUUUGAUGGUACAAGCCAUAACAUAUUAAAUAAACAUGGCCUUUCAGGGACAGGCGCUGACCUGUACAAUAUGAAACAAAACGCAGAUAUACUGCAGGGCGUACUUGUACGCAAAGAGAAUGAUUGUUAUAUGUUCAUUUCCAAAACGAUUUAUGAGUCAGUCGGUAUUUACUUUGCUGAAAAGGGGUCUUGUAAACAAAUCAUUAGCGAAGGUAAUCUCGAGUUUUUCACUAAGUGUAUAAGACUUGCAGAAUAUCCACCGUCUGAGAAUGUUUUCGUUGUUCCUGAGGUUGAGCUGGGAAUUUUGAUAGAAAGAAUUAUAAAAGAUGUUAUUGAGAACAAAAACGUAAUUGAAAUUGUAUCACAUCCAUGCCUAACAAAAAAGGUAUUAGAUACGCUGUUUGACAAGUUAAAUGACAGUGGGAGACUAAGUUCAUUUCUUCUAUCAGAGCGAGAAAAUGUCCAAGGUGGGGGUCCGUUUUUGCAACUUGCUUUAAAACAAUCACUUCCCUUAGAUAGUUUCUUAGAGAAAGUGGUUGGUAGAUUUCCGUGCAAAAAUCAUAUUAUUAGGCUCAGAAGGUGUCAAAUGUGCACAAUGUUUGAAAAGGCAUUUAAUGGUGCUAUAUAUGGAAAAAACCCACUUGCCUUAAUGACAUUGAAAUUCGUAAAAUUCAACGAAAGAGAUGUUUUACUCGAGGCUGUGAAAUUAAAAAAUGUGGCAGCAUAUCAAGUGUUGUCUCAUAUUGUAAGAAAUUCAAGAAAAACAGAUCACGCCUAUCAGCAUGAAGCACUUCACAUAUUAAUAGAAACAUGUUGUGCUGGUAUUGUUACCUUCAUACUGAGUCAGGGAUAUCUCCCAUGUACUCAUUGCUUAAUGUUAGCCUCUCAAUGUAGAACUACCUACUCGUUAUUGAUCAUGAUGUUGCGCAAAUUAAAGCGUUCCAGAAAAUCAGUUCCCAUCGACUCAAGUAUGAUAAAGAUCCUGAGAAAAUUGGAUGACCGACAGAAAAAAGAAAUUUUAGAGAUAAUAGCUUCAUAACGUAAUGUAUAAUUGUGCAUUUGUUUAAAAAACAGAACAAUCAAGCAAUUCAGUCCAAAUGUAUUUGAAACUUUGACUUUUGGAGUUUUGUUAUUACAGAAGAAUAUUUUGAGACCAAUUAAGAUGAAAGUAUUGUAUAAAGCAUAUAUUAUUUAUAAUAAAGAUUCUCGA